AUGAUAGUACGGAGCCGGAGACAGUUCACGACAAAUUCGAAUCUAUCAUAUCCUGGUCCUCCGGGGAUGAGCCUCGGAAGUUCUUCUGGUGGGCCGACCUACUUUCAGCGACAGUCCAGCCUUCCUGCAAAUACCAUCAUUCGAUUUGUCCCUCAACAAACUGCCUGGAUUGUGGAGCGAAUGGGGAGAUUCAAUCGGAUACUGGAACCUGGGUUGGCCAUUCUGAUGCCAAUCAUUGACCGUAUUGCAUAUGUCCAGUCCUUGAAAGAAUCCGCGAUCGAGAUCCCGAGCCAGAGCGCCAUUACUGCGGACAACGUCACAUUAGAACUGGAUGGUGUGCUAUACACAAGGGUCUUCGAUGCAUACAAAGCGAGCUACGGCGUCGAGGACGCUGAAUACGCCAUUUCACAACUUGCGCAGACCACGAUGCGAUCCGAAAUAGGUCAGCUCACGUUAGAUCAUGUCCUCAAAGAACGAGCAAAUCUGAAUGCAAAUAUUACGCAAGCGAUCAACGAAGCUGCACAAGAAUGGGGUGUGGUGUGCCUGAGAUACGAGAUUCGAGAUAUCCAUGCGCCGGACGGCGUCGUGGCUGCCAUGCACAGACAAGUUACCGCCGAGCGAUCAAAGAGAGCUGAAAUUCUGGACUCAGAGGGUCAAAGGCAGAGUGCGAUCAACAUUGCUGAAGGUCGAAAGCAGUCGGUCAUUCUGGCUUCCGAGGCUUUGAGGUCAGAACAAAUAAAUAUGGCAUCUGGUGAGGCGGAAGCUAUCCUAUUGAAGGCGCAGGCGACAGCUCAGGGGAUUGAUGCUGUCGCAAAUGCGAUCAGACGAGGCGAAGCGAGCGCUCAAGGUGCCGUUAGUCUGAGCGUCGCGGAGAAGUAUGUGGAAGCGUUCAGUAACCUCGCUAAACAAGGUACGGCAGUCGUGGUUCCAGGCAAUGUUGGCGAUAUUGGUGGUAUGAUUGCUAGUGCUAUGGCUGUCUAUAGCAAGGUGAAUGAGGGGCAAAAGAAGAGCAUGGAACCUAUGGCCGUGGCGGCACCCACGAAAGAUGUCGGUGAAGAGGUGAUUGAAGCGGCCCAGAAAGGAGAUGCGAAAGAGGUCGCUCAUACUGUUCUUGAAGGAUUCGAGAAGACGAGAGAGUCGAGAACUUGA